CAGGAAGGAACACAAUGUACCAAAUGUAAAAAUAACUGGGCACUGAAGUUUUCUAUCAUAUUAUUAUACAUUUUGUGUGCCUUGUUAACAAUCACAGUAGCCAUUUUGGGAUACAAAGUUGUAGAGAAAAUGGACAGUGUUACAGGUGGCAUGGAGACAUCUCGCCAAACCUAUGAUGACAAGCUCACAGCAGUGGAAAGCGACUUGAAAAAAUUAGGGGACCAAACUGGGAAGAAAGCUCUCAGCACCAACUCAGAACUCUCCACCUUCAGGUCAGACAUUCUGGAUCUUCGUCAGCAACUUCGUGAGAUUACAGAAAAGACUAGCAAGAACAGAGAUACGCUGGAGAAGUUACAGGUGAGCGGGGAUGCGUUGGUGGACCAGCAGAGUCAGCUGAAAGAAACUUUGGAGAAUAACUCCUUCCUCAUCACCACUGUAAACAAAACCCUCCAGGCAUAUAACGGCUAUGUUACAAAUCUGCAGCAAGACACGAGUGUGCUUCAGGGCAACCUGCAGAGCCAGAUGUAUUCUCACAGCGUGGUCAUCAUGAACCUCAACAACCUGAACCUGACCCAGGUGCAGCAAAGGAACCUCAUCACAAAUCUGCAGCGCUCUUUGGAUGACACAAGCCAGGCAAUCCAGCGAAUCAAGAAUGACUUCCAAAACCUGCAGCAGGUUUUCCUUCAAGCCAAGAAGGACACGGAUUGGCUGAAGGAGAAAGUGCAGAGCCUGCAGACGCUGGCUGCCAAUAACUCUGCCUUGGCCAAAGCCAACAAUGACACCCUGGAGGACAUGAACAGCCAGCUCAGCUCCUUUGCAGGGCAGAUGGACAACAUCACUACGGCCUCCCAAGCCAAUGAGCAGAACCUGAAAGAUCUGCAGGAUGUACACAGGGAUGCAGAGAACAGAACGGCUGUCAAGUUCAGCCAGCUGGAGGAGCGCUUCCAGCUCUUUGAGACCGACAUUGUGAACAUCAUUAGCAAUAUUAGCUACACGGCCCACUACCUACGGACACUGACCAGCAACCUGAAUGAAGUCAGGACCACGUGCACGGAUACGCUGACCAAACACACGGAUGAUCUGACCUCCUUGAAUAACACACUGGCCAACAUCCGUUUGGAUUCUGUUUCUCUCAGGAUGCAACAAGAUUUGAUGAGGUCGAGGUUGGACACUGAAGUGGCCAACUUAUCAGUGAUUAUGGAAGAAAUGAAGCUGGUGGACUCCAAGCAUGGUCAGCUCAUCAAGAAUUUUACAAUACUACAAGGUCCUCCUGGCCCCAGGGGUCCGAAAGGUGACAGAGGACAGCAGGGACCCCCGGGUCCCACUGGCAACAAGGGACAGAAAGGAGAGAAGGGGGAGCCUGGCCCUCCCGGCCCGGCCGGUGAGAGGGGCCCGAUCGGGCCGGUCGGCCCCCCUGGAGAGCGUGGCGGCAAAGGCUCCAAAGGCCUGCAGGGCCCCAAAGGCUCCCGCGGGUCCCCUGGGAAGCCUGGCCCUCAGGGCCCCAGUGGGGACCCAGGCCCCCCCGGCCCACCAGGCAAGGACGGACUCCCGGGCCCCCAGGGCCCCCCCGGCUUCCAGGGACUGCAGGGCACUGUGGGGGAGCCUGGGGUGCCCGGGCCGAGGGGUCUGCCGGGCUUGCCUGGGGUGCCGGGCAUGCCGGGUCCCAAGGGCCCCCCCGGUCCCCCGGGCCCAUCAGGGGCAGCGGUGCCCCUGGCCCUGCAGAGCGAGCCAACUGCAGCACCCGAGGCCAACGGCUGCCCGCCUCACUGGAAGAACUUCACAGACAAAUGCUACUAUUUUUCGGUUGAAAAAGAAAUUUUUGAGGAUGCAAAACUUUCCUGUGAAGACAAGUCUUCACAUCUCAUUUUCAUAAACACAAGAGAGGAACAGCAAUGGAUCAAAAAGCAGAUGGUAGGGAGAGAGAACUACUGGAUCGGCCUCACAGACUCAGAGCAGGAAAACGAAUGGAAGUGGCUGGAUGGGACAUCUCUAGAGUAUAAAAAUUGGAAAGCUGGACAGCCAGAUAACUGGGGUCAUGGCCAUGGGCCUGGAGAAGACUGUGCUGGGCUGAUUUAUGCUGGGCAGUGGAACGACUUCCAAUGUGAGGACAUCAAUAACUUCAUUUGCGAAAAAGACAGAGAGACAGUACUAUCACCUGCGUUAUAAUGGACUGUGAUAUAAUAAGAGCAAAUUUUCGGACAGUUCUCAAAGGCAAAAGAUACUUCUUCCUCAUUGCAUCACCUUCUCACCAGAUUGAAAAAAAGCACUGAAAACCAAUUACUGAAAAAUUGACAGCCAGCGUUCUUUACCAUCUGCCAUUACUUAAGGACUUGGGAACAAAAAUUGAUUUUCAGUAUGCAAAUGGACUGAAUCACAUAGAUUUUUCUCAGCCAGUAAUCGUACAGUUAUGCAAAUCAUGUCUUCCAGAGUAUGGAAUGCUCCAAUCAGAAAAAAGAUUAUCAUUGGUUGUUGAGAUUUAGGAAGAACUGAAAACGUAUACUGUGUAAACAGUACCUUACAUUUCUAAAAUCCCACAUGUAGGAAAAAUAUGCAGAUAUAUAGGUCAACUUUUAGUAACAAUAUGAAAUAUACUUAAAGAGCUUUUAAAACUUUGUAUUUUUGUACAAAAUAUUUGCCUUUUUACAAUUUUUUUCUUUUUUUUUGUUAUUUUACCAAUAUAGUACACGAAGCCAAAGAAAACAAUAAUGGUACUAAUAAAAACUCAUAGGGUUUCUUGUCAGAUUUAAUUCUA